AUGAUUCCUUCGGACGGACGGAUUCCAUCUAAGGAAAAGGCAUCGGAUCUGGUGGCGGCUGCGGCGGCUGCGCAGGCGGCGCAGGCGGAGCUGCCCCAGACGUACGAGGCUGCACCCCAGCCGUUUGUGGGGCUGAGUGGCGAGUUGAAGGCGCCCUUUGCGGUCACCUCGAUGGUGGCGCCUCUGCUCAAGGGAGACGCCGUGCCCACGGCCUCUGGCAAACAGCCCGUGUACCACCUCAAGAUCACGGCGCGUCCGCUGAAGAAAUUGAACGAGGGGCAAUCGCUGACCUACAAAGUCACUGCCGGACCCACCGGCGGCGAUCUGACCGGCGGACUCACCGAGACACAAACUGUCAAGCCGCCUGGAACCGUGGUCCAUUGCGUACCCGAAAUGGCUGACCAGUCACCACUCCAGUUCGCGUCGCCUGCCGAGGCUGCGGCCGCAGCCGCGGCCGCGGGCUACGGCCCCGCGGGGUCGGCAGGACUUACUGGGCCAGGAGGGCCGGGCGGGUCUCAGUCGUGGACGGCGCCGCGGUUGUCCAAGUCGUCUUCGUACCACGACCAGUUGAGCGGGAUCACGGGACUGCACAACUUGAAUUUCAAGACGAUAGCCCACGUGUACAAGGGCGAGGCUGCAUUGGGGACAGACGCGGUGGUGGGUGGGUUACUGGCUGCGCCGGGUGCGUCACGUGCGGGAGAGGGAUUGGUGGACUCUUCGGACGAGACGGUGGGUGUACCUGGCUGGUGGAACAAAUCUUCGAAGUCGAUGGCUGACAUGAGCGUGAAGGAAAAAGAAGAGAUGGCUGCGCAGUAUGAGGACUUGGCGGAGGUGAACCGGAUUCAGUACGGGAGACAUCGUUCUCGAUCUUCGCGCGGUGAGGGGAUGAGCGCUACGGAGUUCCGGCAGAAGUUGGGAUUGGUUCCGGGCGGUAUGCCUCCACCUCCGGAGCCGGGUUUCAGUAAGGUGAUUCCUGACUUGGUGGACCCGGAGGACGCGGAGAAGCACAGCGUGUACAAUUGGAUUGUUCCGGAUGAGGCAGUGGAGGCGGAGUUGGAUCGACUAAGUUCAAGUUUCUCCGGAGUUGGCCAAGAUGCCAGGGGUCCGCGUGCUCGUUUCCAGCGCGGGAACACGGCUGAUAUUAUGGAUGUGAUGCGACGCACGCGUGCGGCAGCCCUUGGUCAGGGUGCGGCUGAGAAGGGGCUGUUUUGGCGUCGUCUUUUCCCACAGAAACGCGAAGAUGGGACUGACGAACCCGGGUUCCCUGCAGGCGGUGAAGACCCUCUCCAUUUUAUGACUUCUGGCCAACUUGAACACUUCUUGCAGGAAGCCCAUGCCGGACUCCUUUGGGAACAGGGCCGUCUACCUGAGGAACUCGCCAACCUUGCCUCUGGCCCCGCCAGCGUACAGUCUCGCCUCGCCCACAACCCUCAGGCUCAUGCCGGCCGCAAACUAACGGGCCCCCUCACCAGCCUUCUCAACUGGCUCGGCUGCGGCCCUGGCGCUGGCGCCGGCGCUGAUGAGAAGACUUCCGGCCGAGAAAACCUAGGUCGGAACUUGGACGUAGAAGACUACAGUAGUGACGAGGAAGAACCACCGAUCCGCCCCUCCGUAGUCUAUGGGGGGGUGGAACACGAACCACCGCGAUUCGUAGGCGAACUAGGACCCCUAACAAUGCGUCUUCACGCCGCCGAGACGCACCAGUAUUUCCCCGUAGCGGGUAUGAGUCACCCCUGGUUCCUUAAGACGGGACUCAACCCUGCCAGCCAGGCCGUGCAUGGGCCCGUCGCGCUACCCUGGGACCCUAAGAACACUGGCAUGCCAGCACCUACCGUCCAGUCACUCUUCAGACGCGGCUACGUCAAAGUCGAUCUUGCACCCGCCGUCGCAGACAUGUUCGAACCCGAACUACCCAACGCCACCACCACUCAAGUCGCCCCUGCAGACGAAACAACCGCCUAA